CAUCAGUGAAUGCUGGAGCUAAGGCACAGGCCAGUGCGGGGGAUCCUGCGGCAGCAAAGCCAGAAGCGACGGUGCAGCGAAAGUCGGGGAAAAUGCUGUACCGCAGAAGAUCAAGCGUGUUGGAUGGAUUGCUGUCUUAUCGAAAUGAGGAAAUUUGAAAGCAUAACGGGGUGGAAGUUUGUCAUGCUGGGGAACAAGCGCAACAAGAUUUUGAUUUGUCAUGCUUGUGAAGUAUAGUAGCAGGAACAGGGAAACGUUCCGGCGGAUCUACUAGCUCUGCAUGACAAACUCGUUUCUACGCGAGGUGAUUCGAAAUUUCUGAUGCAUACCUUCGGCGACAAAGGCAAGAAGCAGCUCUCCUCCUCCACGGUGCAACACGUCGGGCAUUGGCGGGGCGGCGGGCCGCGUCGGCGCGCGACGCAGGAAGACCUCACCACGACGCAAAAAGAAGAUAGCGACUGGGACAAGAAGGGUGCGAACUUGACUUUUGGUCCGGACG